AAUGCCAGUAAUGUUCUUUAUAUACGGAGGAGCUUUCACCAUGGGCUGUACAUCUGAUGUAACAGCUGGACCAUUUUAUCUGCUAGACGAUGACGUUAUAAUCGUCUAUACCAACUAUAGGCUGGGAUUGUACGGGUUUCUGUCCACCCAAGACGACGUAGUUUUGGGCAACGCAGGGCUGAAAGACCAAUUGCUGGCUAUGAAAUGGACUAAGAAUAACAUCGCUCUUUUCGGCGGAGAUCCAGGGAAAAUAACCAUAUUUGGCGGAAGUGCGGGCGGUAUUUCAGUCGGGGCGCAUAUUGUGAAUCCAAAAUCCGCUGGACUGUACAGAGCUGCAAUUUGUCAAAGCGGUUGUUCGCUUACUUACAUAAAUACCAUAAAUCAAAACAACCCCCGGCAAGCCGCUUACGACUAUGCAAAAUAUGUGGAUCCGACAAUUUCCGAGAAAAAUACGACGGCGGAAAUUCGAGAUUUUUUACAAAGUCUGCCGGCGGACGUAUUGACUUCGGCAUUCGCCGCAAAUACUCGUUCGGGCAUAUCCAUUGAAGUGGAACAUGAAGAUGCUUACGUCACAAACCUCAGUUUUCCCCAACUGGAAUCUGGAAACUUCAAUCAGGUUCCCCUGAUACUUGGAACGACGUCAUCGGAAUCCCUUAGUUUCUAUGGUCUUCUAGGUGGAGUGCCUAUAAUCAACACAACGGCAGUAAAUUUUGAUUUGGAUGUCACCAACGUAAUACCUUCUGAUCUGAUACUUUUGCCGGAUAUCAACGCGACGCACGUCGGGACCAUAAUCAAGGACGCAUACGUUGGUUCGAAUAGGUCAUUUAGUGAAAAUUGGGCAGCCGUUCUAGAAUUAACCAGCGACCGAAUGUUCGUGAAAUCAACGUUGAAGCAAGCUGAAAUGCAGUCAAUUUUUACUCCAGUGUAUCUUUAUCAAUUUUCCUUCCAAAUGAUAAACUUGCCCCCAGUAACGGGAAUAGCGGGUCACGGAGCUGAAGGCGCCUACCUUUUCAGUUCGCCGUUAACUCCGUUGCUCGCAGAGAGAGACGUCUUAUUCAGCAAGCGGAUCGUCAGGCUCUGGACUAACUUUGCAAAAACAUUGAAUCCCACUCCCGAUUCAAUGGAUCCGCUACUGAACCUGACAUGGACAAAAGUUUCACGGGCCAGUAUUCAGUACUUAGACUUGGAUGAUGAUUUAGCAAUGAAACCAAACAGAAAGGAAAAGGAAAUGGCCAUGUGGAAUGACGUUUAUUAUACCUACGGCCAGCGGCCCAUUAUUGGAUUUUGAAUACAUUACAUGCUAAUAAAAUGUGAAUUUGAAGUAUGCGAUAUUCUGGCAUAUUCUGAGUUUAUCAAUCUAAGAAGGCAAAUAAA